UCGCGGGAAAAUGUCUACAAGAGCAGUGUAACAGCAAAUAGUUAUCUGUCCAUGUUACGAACACCUCAUUUGUUUUCACACUCGUACAGUCACCUCCCAGUGAAGAUUUCCUUUUACAGCAAAUAUCAAGUACUUUAAAUGGCAUUCAUUCCGAAAAAGAAAUAUUCCCUGGGAUGAUAUUUUACAUUGUAUUUGAAUGUUGAAAAUCAAUAAAGGGUUCACUGCGGGAAAAAUAUUUACCGUUUGAAGUCCGAAGCCACAGUUUACGCAGUCCAAAGAUUUUGUAAAUGAAGCAAAAUUUUUUAUAUUAAAUUGCAAAAAUUCUGGCGUAUUUUGUUAACCGCAAAAAAAGAUCACUGGGCAAUACCCAAGUGUUUACCUCUUUAUUGUUGCAGGAAGAUGAGCAGCUCUGUCACAUCCAGUGUCUCCUCAAGGGAAAUGGCUUCACGUCAAGAAUGCCUCGAUUCUCUUGGAGAAUUCAUAGAGAGAUGUCAGGAAAAUAUCACAUCAAUGCUGGACACGCUUGGUUGGACACCAGAGCAUUUUAUGCAACCCAGAAAUCAGUGCGAGUGUCCUCACAACAGUAGUCAUAGAAUGCCAGAGUCGUCAUUGGAAAAGCAUACACGAAUCUGUGAAAUGGUUAGUCAAGGCUACAGUAAAGAAGAUGCUGAGAAAAUAACAGAAGAUAGGUCAUUUUACUACAAGGAUGCAUCCUGUGUAUACCCUGUAAAACUAGACUUGGACACUUUAAAUUCAGUAUUGUGGAAUCAUCAUGUACAAAAUCAUUCGGUGUUCUAUGGCUACAAGAAGAUACCGCGGACGGCAGAGGAGGAGCAAGUAUUGAUGAGUCGUGAAGACAGAUUGGGAGUGGCCGAGUACGUCGUCAAGCGAGCUAAGGAGGCAAAUAGACUGAAGGAACUUGGACAAGAUGACCUGCUUGUGUCAGAAAAUCUGGCUGAUCUCAUUAAGAAAGAUAAUGAAGAAAGAAAGUUAGACCCGUUUGAGGAGAUGGCAGCUCUGCGAGAUUACAGAAGACGUAGACAGACAUACAGAGCGAAGAACGUCCAUAUUACCAAGAAAUCUCACACUGAGAUAAUGCGUGAAGUCAUCAACAACCAAAUGGAGAUGUAUACACAGUCUGUUGUUGGUGAGACUGGACAGGUUCCACCACACAUGUCACAUGAUGAGGAUGAAACAGGCUCCAGGAGCAUCAAAACAGAAGAUGGGGAAGGUUACAGACCCGGAGAAAGAGAUGAACGAUCCAGGCAGAGAGAGCAUAGAAGAUAUGGUAGAUCAAGAAGUAGAGAUAGACAAAAUAGGUCCUCGAGAAGGAGCAGAUCAAGGAGUAGAGACAGAAGCAGUAGAUACGAGAGAGAUGACCAGACUUCAACAGAUGGUAGAUCAACCCGAGACAGUAGACGUAGAAGUAGGUCUAGAAGUGACGAACCUGAAAAAUCUAAAUCUAAACGAAAACAUAGAUCCAGAAGCAGAUCACUUAGCUCUGAAAGGUCCAAGAAGUCAAAGCACAAGAAGCACAAACAUAAACACAAGAAACAUAAGAAACAGGAGAGAAAAAGUGAAGAUAGAGACAGUGAUAAUGAGAAGAGGGAAGAUUCAGGUGAAGUGAAUGACCAGUAAUGAAGAGAGAGAGAAAAAUAAUACUUGGAAUUUAAGACAUUUAUGAACAGGAGAAAUGUCAGAUAUAUAACAGUGUCGACCACACAAGACAUGGUUAGCACAUGACACAGGUCGGAUACAUAGAAGUGUUAUUCAAAUAAAACGUGUUUAGCACAUAACACAUAUUAAGUACAUUGGAGAAGUGCCAAAGCUGAUAGUGAAAAUAUCUGUAAACUGUGUUACAGAACAUAGAGAGUGGAAGAAAUACUUUCAAGCAGAGAUGAUGGUCACCAGGGGAGAAAUACUUUAGAGAAAAGAGCAACAGUGAUGAAAAUAUGUCAGGAUGUGGAGUAACAGGAGAAAAAUUAACAUUAUAGUGAUGAAGACGGGAAAAAGAACAGAUAAUGCUUUCGGAAUGAACACUGAACAUCAGUGUUAGGAAAAAGAUAAAGAAACAACUUAGCCGGGAACAAAAUGAGUGCAGUUUAUAGUAUAAUCUUGUUUACAAAUGGAAAGGAAGUAUAAUUUAAAUAUAAGAAUUAAAGCUUUUUUUUGGUGUUCAUGCGAAAUGAACGACAGAUUAGGAUUGGCAAAUUAAACAUGAAUUGCUUUUGCUGAUCCUAUUCUGUCUUUCAUUUCACAUGAACACCUAAAAAAUCUCAUUUCUUAAGUGCCAUUGUUAUUACAAUUUAAGUGUCCUAUGUGAUUGUUAUCACAGUUUGCUGUUGUUAUUACAAUGUCCUGUGGUAUUGUUAUUACAGUUUACGUGACCUGUGCUAA